UUGAGGAUCUAAAUCUGUAUUUCGAUCACUAUGGUAUGGAGGAGACUUCCAAUGACCUGAUUUUGGUGAGAAACAUUGAAGGGAAAGAUUGCGAGCAGCAGAGUAAUUUGAAGGCAUUGAUGACGCAUGUUACCAAACACCAUCAAAUCAUUUUCAGAAAAGUGAAAAUUCUAAACUCUGGACUGAGAUUUCGAUUGCUAUAUUUCAAUGCAUUCUCCUGCUUGCAGAUUUGUUUAUCCAUCUUCAGCUUCAUGAGAGGAGAAGCAACAUUCAAAAUAAAGCAUGGCCUUGUGAUAUUGGGAAUGAUUCUCAACAGCUUUUUCUGCUGCGAUUUGGGACAAAAACUUCAGGAUGAGGGUGAAAGAAUAAGAUUGGACCUUUUCUAUGGCAGUAAGUGGAUGGGAAGUCCUAAUUGGCUCCUUCGAAUGUUACUUGUGAUGAUGCUUCAAAGUAAUAAUCUACCAAAAAUUGGACUCUAUAAUGUUUUUACACUCAACAGGAAUAACUUGAGAGUGGUAAGUAGGCUGUAUUACUACUCCAAUGCCAGAUGCUGGCUUUAUGAUUCAGAGGCCCGGGUUCAAUUCCCGGCUUGGGCAAGAUAUUUAUCUCGGGCCACUCCCGUGUUUCGGAUGGACACGUUAAGCCGUCGGUCCUAAAAAGCAGUCGUUAGGUCAUGUCAGAGGCCCUGAAAUUGAUCAGUUGCGACCUGAAAACUCUGACACCAGAUCUGAGCCAGCCAGGUCACACGAUAUUAUUAUUAUUAUUAUUACUACUCCAAUUUCCAAUUAAAUGAUCUUGCUAUUAUAAUCUAUUGCAUUUCAAAAUUUGCGUAAAUGCAUUUCAUAAGCUACCAAGAUUGAAACUUUUCAAGUUAAUGGCUUGCACAAUCGUACAAGGUUUCUAUUACUUUAUGUGAAAAAUUCGAUAAUAUUAUGAAUCUUGGAUUUUUUGUGGAGUUGUAGACUAACUUAUCACAGGAUUGAUUUUUUAAUUAACUUAAUAAUAAAUUAUUCCACUAGCAUUUUUUACGAGCUCUUUUUUCA